AUGAACAUCGACCUACAGGCGCCAGAGGACGAGCCGCGCGAAGAUGGCGGCGGCAGUGCCUACCGACGGAUCGCGUCCGCCACUGGCGACAUGAGCAGCAACAUGGCGCUCCGCGACAACACCAAAGGCCCGUCGUCGUCAUCAUCGUCAUCAUCGCCGUCGUCGUCAGAGUCGUCUCUCCAUAGUUUCUCUGCGUCUUCGCAAGGCGAAGAGACGUUGCCACGAACGUCCCACGUGCUCAGUUCUGCUGCGCAGUCGCUAUCGGCUCAGGGAUCGUCGUCGUGGCAAGCGCACAUGGACCCCCGCGUGGACUUGAAGCUACUGAGCAACCACUUUCGCGACGAGCGGUUAGAAGAGUCGUAUCAACUCUACUCCUCUACGGUGGACUUCCCCGUUGCUCGUCGACUGAUGCUGGCGCUCGUAGCGUUCGAAGGAGCUGCCUACUUUCUGUAUCAUAGGCUCAAAGACGCGUGCAUAUCGCCGACCGAGAACGACUACACGUGGGUGGACAUACUCUCGUCUUUGUUGCAGGAACAACCUCUGCUGCCGCAUAAUACUACCGAAGGAGCGAGCUGUGUCUUGUUUGUUGAGCCUACGUCGAACGAUACAGGACUCACGUGGCUGCUGUGGAGUUUUGCUCCCUUUGCAGUCAUUUACGGCAUACUGCCACUGAAGUAUUUUGAAGGCAGCAUGAGUCUACGCAUUGGGGUCUACUAUAUCCGACGUCAUUGGAAAGUGAUUGCCACGCUCAUUGUCCUGUGCUGGUCGGUAGGGCUGGCCGUGUUUGUGCAUCACGCGUUGGUCGGGAUGAGGAAAAACCUGCAGCAAAGCUUGGCCAACGCGAUGGUUUGCGCGACUGAUACGGUCAUGCCUUUGUCAUCGUAUGAUGCGUCACAGUGGAAGAACAUCUCUGGAACGCAAGAUCAAAUGACGAUGUUGUCCUGGCUACAGUUGUACGAUAGCAAACUGGCGUACUCGCUUCUCAUGGGCGUCUUAGCAGUGCUGGCUGCGUUUGCUGGUAUCGUCGCGGUAGCAAUGAAGCUGGACUUUACCCAUGUGCUGCUGCUGGCUGUAGCAGAGUGGAUCACUACGCUGAUGUUGUGUUUCUUGGGUGCAACCCCAUUGAUUCUAUCAAGUCGACGCGUUAUGAGCUACGAGGGGUUUCUGUUUUUCUUUUGUGUGUUUCUACCGACAUGCUUUACGCUCACGGCCACAUACUCGGAGGAUCGCGCUGCACGUAUGGCGUAUGCUUCCAAAGUGCGUGCUGAGCGCAUCAACACAACGCUAAAACUCGAUUUGUCAGUGAAGCAGAUAGGACUAGAAAACCGGAACACUUUGACACGGGACGAAAAGGAGGCGUUGGAGCAAGCGUUGUGCGCUACUGGAGACAUGGAACUGAUCAUGACAGUAUCCAUCCCGUUCGCCGAUCUAAGGCUGAAAGAAAUCAUCGCCAAGACGCCGAAUGGUGAGGUCUUGGUUGGCGAAUAUCACCAGACGGAGGUCGUUGUCAAGCGACUGGCGCAAUCGUGUUUAGUCGCUGACGGUCUUGCGGCAUUCAAAGCCAAGGUGGAACUGCUGGCAUGUCUGCGGCACCCAAAUAUUGUGCUGUUCAUUGGCGCCACCUUCGACAACUUGUCCAACGUCGGACUUGUCAUGGAAUACCUGAAACGAGGCGACGUGCUCUCAUUGCUGCGCAGCCCCAUCGCGCUGGCCUGGAGUGACCCUUUGUUGAAGAUUGCUACCGAUGUGGCGCAAGGGGUAUCGUACUUGCACAAUUGCGACCCACCACUCGUGCAUCGUGAUCUGAAGUCUUCGAACUUGCUGUGCACACGCACCUAUUCAUGCAAAGUGUCAGACUUUGGCGAGUCGAAGCGACAACUUCUUCCUGGAAAGCUCUUUAGUACUAUCGUGGGCACGCCGUACUGGUUGGCGCCCGAGAUCCUGCGUGAGGAGCGCUACGACACGCAAGUGGAUUGCUACAGCUUUGGUGUAAUCCUCGUCGAGCUCGAGACUAGGCAUGAGCCCUACCAUGACCUUCCCAAGAAUUACACAACGAUCGACAUCAUGAUGAGCGUGUCACGCGGAGCUCUGAGGCCAACGAUUCCAGUGUCAUGUUCACCGUGCCGUCGCAAACUCAUCACGCGCUGCUUGGACAACGAUCCCAAACGCCGCCCCAAGAUGACGGAAAUUCUUUAUGCACUGCAGCAUGAAGUUCGUCAAGAGCUGCUGGAUCAGAAUUCCAUGGACGUUGUCAGCGAUAAGCGUCGGAUGGUGCUAAUGCAGCAACACCAGCGGCUGAAUCGACGCGGACUCCAGAACCUGAUGCAUGCCCAUGACGAGGAUGCUGUAUGA